GUUCAAUGAUGAUGUUGAGAAUGUGAUACUAAGUAUAUAGGAACAUGAAACGGUUAGAAAUAUUCUUAGUUCAACGAUGUCACAUUAAAUUAGGAAGAUCAAUUCGAAUCUUUUCUUUUCAUUAUCAUCACCCUAUCAAAUAAUCAAACACGCGGAUGAAAUCGAUGAGGUCUGUGUAAAGAUCACUGUCACCCACUUCACACUAGUGCCAUCACAGCAUGUCAAGCUCUUCAGCUGCUGCUGCUGUUUCAGCAUCUCAAGUGAAAAGGAUUCCUUCACUCUUGUACGGAACAGCAUGGAAAGGAGAAGUAACGUCAAGUCUCGUCUUACAAGCAUUCGCAAAUGGAUUUAGAGGAGUGGAUGUUUCGGGUCAGAGAAAACAUUACAGAGAAGACCUGGUAGGAGAAGCGAUUACCAUUGCAGAGAAAGAUUUAGGAAUAAAAAGGGAAGAUUUAUGGAUCCAGUCUAAAUUCACACCGCUCAGCGGACAGGAUCGCUCGGGACCAAUUCCAUACGACGUAUCGGCUCGACCGAAAGAAGCUGUUCGUCAGAGUUUUGAGUCAAGUCUAAAGAAUCUACACCAAGGACCGCAAUGGAAUUUUGCAAAAGAAGAAACCAAAGGAAAGAGAAAUGCAUGGCUUGACUCAUAUCUUCUACAUUCACCUCUGAAUACGCUGGAAGAAACCUUGGAAGCCUGGCAUGCGAUGGAGGAACUGGUGUUGGAAGGAAAGGUGAGAAUGAUUGGUUAUUCAAACGUGUAUGAUGCACGUAUACUCGAAGCCGUUCGAAGGUCCGCAAAGCGAAUCGGACCGAGGAUAUUGCAGAAUAGAUGGCAUCAUACAAGUGGACAUGAUGUUUCAUUGUUGUCUUCUCUUUCUACUGCACUAUCACCAAACGAUUUUGAUAAUGACAAAGUAGGAACGAAAGCAAAGAAUGAUGAAGAUGAAGCAGGAAUCAUUUACCAGCCUUUUUGGACAUUAACGGGAAAUCCAAGAUUGCUGAGCAGUGAUGCUGUCAAACAGGCAGCAACAAGGCUACAAUGGACGGAAGCUCAAGUGGUAUAUCGAUUCGUUAAACAAGGAUUCGGAAUUCCGGGCUUACAUUGUGUUGUCUUGAGUGGAACGACGGAUGAGAACCAUAUGCGAGAAGCUGCUUUUGCUAUUGCGGGAGAGGAUGAAUUGAAUGCCAAAGAAGUUGAAUCGAUUCGAAUGGUAAUUUAUGGAGAGUGAGAAAGUCUCGUUACGAUAAUAGACAUUGUCUUUGUACCAUUAAUGAUGAAUCGUAUCGCAAUAUUUCAACAUGAUAUUCACCGAGGGAUGUCCGCGGUGUAUUACACACUUCCCUUGUGAUGAAGAUGCAUUAAUCUCGUCUUCCAUGAAGUCC